AUGGUGGAUGCAACAAAUUUUGAUCAAUUAUCUCAUGUUGAAUUGGUGAAAGAGGCAUGGAAUAUUCUUGUCAAGUAUUACGAAGGUGGUGAGAAGGUUAAAGACUAUGUCUCGAAGGUGCAGAAUCCUUUCCAUCUCAUGAAAGGAUGUGGUGAAGUCCUAAUUGAUAAGAUGAUUGUUGAGAAGGUAAUGUGUACGUUGACCUCUCACUUUUAUCAUGUUAUCCUAUCCAUUCAAGAAUCCAAUAAUUUUACAACCUUGAAAUUGGAAGAUUUGGUUAGUUCGUUAGAGGCACAUGAGUUAAGGAUUGUAGAGAGGAAAAAGGUUCAAGGUUUGAUACAAGCAAUUCAAGCCCAUAUAUUAAAGAAGCAUGGUGGUUCCAAUAAGUUUAAGGGAAAAGGAGACAAGACUCAGAGUAAGAAGUCUUUGGUGAAUCCUCAAAAGGAUAAGGUUGCUGAUAGGACUUCUGAAUCCCUGAAAAGAGGAAAAGGAACCUCGUAUCAGAAAGACAAACAGAAGAUGAAAAAUGUGAAGUGCUAUAACUUUGAAAAGUGUGGUCACUUGGCCAAGAGUUGUUGGUACAAGAAAGACAAUGGAACGACACAAGGCAAGGAUGAUGAAGGAGCGACUCUUGCACAUCAAGAUUCAGAUGAUUCAUAUGGUAUGGUGUUUAUGGUUGUAGUUGCAGAUGAACAUGUCGACAACAAGACAUGGUUCCUCGACAAGGGUUGCUCAAAUCACAUGACUGGUUGA